CCUGAAGGAGGACAGUCAACUGUUCCUCUGGUUGCUUGCUCGCGACUCAGCCCCUUUGUGAUGGCAGUAUGCCAGUCAUGAACAGGUCAGGCUUGUUGGGUAAGGUAGGAUUGAGGAGGCUGUUGUCGUCAGAUGAAGUGUGGACUUUAGGAAGGAAGAGGAACCAAGUGGAAUUCGUCCCGCCCGAGCAGGAUAUUCUGCAAGUCGCAGAAUCAAAUAAUCCUCCAGCCAGUCCCUCUCACAGGUACAGCCGACAGAACCAGGCUUCUCUUCACCUUAUCAGUCCAGAAAGAAUCAGCAAGACUGAAUGUGGAAGCACUUCAUGUCAGCGUGACUCUGUGAAGGCUUUGACAUCAGGACCUGAAGUUAAUGAACAAGACACUCAGAAGAAGGUACAAGGGCUUUAUGAGGACACCUGCACACUCAAGAGAGAAAGACCACAACAUCCAGCAGAAGUGCCAAUGAAGCCGGUAUUAAAUAUCCAGCAUUUCACACUCAACCGUGAGCCUCAUUCAGAUUCACUCCGAGCCCCAAUAGUGUCCAGUUUGUCAUCUGACAAAAAAGAUGAUCUCCGAUUGGACUCUAAGAAGAGCCAUCUUAAACCCAAGGAGCAAGAAGACAUAAAGACGACAAACGUGGUCCAUGGCAGCACAACACCAGAUACCACAGCUCUAAAUGUACAGAACAAUCAGAGACUGCACAGUGUGCUGACGCUGAACAACAACCACAAUAUCUGUGACCAGGAUGCUGAGGGGCAAUGGAAGUCAUCUCUUUCAUACUCCAAAACCGAUAAAACCAAUGAGUUUCCUGAACAAAAAUCUCAGGCGUGUACAAAUGAGACAGACAAUCCACUUAUUAAAAACUUAAUUCUGGAAGCAGAAAGUGUGGAAAUAAGAGAGGCUGAGGAUAGUCCGUCUUGUGAUGUCAGUCUGUCUGAGAUAGAUGAGAAGUCAGAGGUAAUUUCAUUUCAUAGUGAAGCACUCGCUUGGUCUGAAGAAGAAAGGGACUGUCUCGAUGAGGAGAAGAUUGAAGCAGCUCAAGCAAGUAGUUGCUCUUUAGUUUUUGCCGAAAAGUACACUGUGGUACCAGUUGAUUUGAACAUUAAACAGGAAGGACGCUGUACACCACCACGUUACGAAAGACAAGCGACUGUAGAGUCGACCCUGUCAGAAAUUCUCUCUCCUGUAGAUGAGGUUUUGUCUUACGGAAGUGCAGAACUCCCUCCAUCCGUUAAAGUAGGAGCCACAUCAGGUCUUGAAAGCUACGGUUGUCCUCCUCCUCCUCCUGCCUUUGAGAUUAUUACAUGGACCAGUGAGGAGGAACUUCCAGCUCCACCUGAUUCUGUAGAAGAUCUCUCAAUUAACAGCGAGAACCUCCCUCCUCUCCCUGUGGACUUGUCUCUGAAAAGAAAAGAGUCUCAGAGUCUAGACUCUAACAGUCUGAGGGGAAAGGAGGUAAACGAUGAUACUAAUGGAGCUCUAUGUGAGGAUGCAGAGGAAAACGACUGUUCGGAAUACACUUGCUCACUUCCUGAAGAUGCGAGAAAUGAAAUCUCGGAUCCAUUGUCCUCCUAUCAAAUUGGAGACAGAGUUCUUGUGUGUAACUCCAGACCGGGUGUGCUGAAAUAUAAAGGCCUCAUGGCGUUUGAGAAUGGGUUUUGGGCUGGUGUUGCUUUGGACACCCCUAAUGGAAACCACAAUGGAACUUUUAUAGGUGUGAAGUACUUCAGCUGCGACAAAAGCCACGGUGUCCUGGUCAGAGCUGAGGACAUCGCUCACAUACACAGAGAACCUAGCAGUGAUGUAGAGACUGGGGUGGAUGAAGAUGAGGAGCAGCCUAGGGCAAAGAGAGAUAAACAACAGAAGGUCACAUCGUCGGCAGAUGGACAAAGAGGACAUAUACAGUGUCCUCCUAGAGAUGAGACCAUACCUACAAACACCACAAGCACACGACAAAAAGAACCUCAGGAAGACAUGUCAGAUGGAGCAAGAAACCUUUCACAUGCCUUUGAAAUGUCCUCACCAAGAACCGACUUUGAGCUCCAUCAUAAUGAGCUCCAUCAAAACAGGCACCAUGAGGAUGCUAAGCUGACAGAAGAGCUGGAUAAAGAUGGAGUUCACUGUGCUCAGGAUAAUAGAAAGAGACAAAGGAUUAAAGCAUUGCAUGACAAUCGCUCUACAGAUACUGAAGUCAGAAAAGGUGAGGAUGGUCAUUUUAUGCCAUGUGUCUUGGAUCAGUGGCAUCAGGCCCAACCCGACAUGCCACCAAAGAUAAAAGUGCCGCCCCAUGAAGACGGCAUUGUGUACAGAUUAGUGGACGCUGCAGUGGAGAUUCUGUGUGGCCAAGCAAAUGAAGACACUCUCGACCUUUAUGAAACACCAAGCUAUUUAUUAGACGAUGAUAGUCGCAAACGUUAUCGGCAGGUGAUCUUUCAGUUAACAUCUGAUGUGCUUCAUGAGAUUUGGGGUGGUCUGUUGAGGACAAAACAAUCUGCCCAGAAUAUAAAUGAUCAAUCUGUGAUCGCAGCUCUGCAAUCCAGUCAAAUUUCAGUCACAUUUUUAAAGGCUGCCGUGAGAAAAGAGAUACAGAAAAUUCUGAAUUUAGAGCGAAGCGAGCAACAGAUGACAGAGAUGCUCCAAAAACUGUGCAAAUACUGGUACGCCAAGAGAGACAGAGUGGACUUUAUACUGAUUCAGGAACUUCAUAAUGAGGAGAGAACUUGGCUAGACUACAGUGCUGACCAGUACACUGUGAAAAUGCAUCUGACUGAGGAGAUUUUCAGUCUUCUUUUGGACGACACAAUAUUAGCCCUAAAUCAUACGCACUUUUCAACCUAA